GCUAUCAAGUCCCCCUCUUCUCUUCCCUUCUCUUAUCUUCUCUUCUCUACACAGAUUUAGUACAAGCAGCUGCGUACGCCAUUAUUGACCUUCUUUCAUCUUCCUCGCCACUUACACCAGUAUAUCAAGGGUGGUGGAGAAGGAUGGGGGAGCAGUGACGAUGAUGAACGGCGAGGACGACAAGGACGGUCACGAGAACGACCUCGUCAUGCCGGGAUUCCGCUUCCAUCCCACCGAAGAGGAGCUCAUCGACUUCUACCUCCGCCGUAAGGUCGAGGGCAAGCGCUUCAGCGUCGACCUCAUCGCCUUCCUCGACCUCUAUCGCUACGACCCAUGGCAGCUUCCUGCUCUGGCGACGAUCGGGGAGAAGCAAUGGUUCUUCUACGUUCCCAGAGACCGCAAGUACCGCAACGGCGACCGGCCCAACCGAGUGACCACCUCCGGAUACUGGAAGGCCACCGGAGCUGACAGGGUAAUCCGGUCGUCGGAGAGCUUGAGACCCAUCGGCCUCAAGAAAACCCUAGUCUUCUACUACGGCAAGGCUCCCAAGGGGACAAGAAGCAGCUGGAUCAUGAACGAGUACCGUCUCCCUCAUUGCGAGAACCAUCAGCAUCAGAAGCAGGCUGAGAUCUCCAUCUGCCGAGUCUACAAGAGAGGUGGGAGCGAAGACCAUCUCCGACACACGCAUGCUCGCAGGCCGGCCUCUCUUGAAGGGGCUACGGAUGACAUCAAAAGCACGGUAAGCUUCAGAACAGCAACAGAAGAUGGGACUUCAUCCACCCAGCAAUCGGAUGCAGUGUUCUUCUCAACGCAAACCACCUUUUCUUCGACUUGUUCACCUGUGACCGCAGCUGGAGUUGACGACCAACAUGAAUACUCGAAUCAACUGAACCAUCUGCUCUCCAUGCUCUCACAACCACAAAUGCAACCACUCGGUGAGCUGCCUAAUGCUCAGACUGCAGUGUCCGACAGUCUAUGGGGAUCGAAUCCUAUCCAUGAAGCAGGAUAUUAGAUCAAUCACAUGUCUCCUUUUUUUCUUUAUUGUGAGGCAAGAGAUUGUAAUAGACGAAGCAGCAGUAUUAUAAUCGAUUAUGUAUGUAGUUGUCGAUAAACUUCAGCUAAUUCUACUCUUCUUAUUCUUUUGUGA